GCCUGCCUGAACGGACAGGAUAGCUUUUGCAAAUGAAGUUUAUCCUCAUCGUACGAACACUUUUCGGCUGAUGCGAGUGACAUGUUAUGCAUGAGGCCCGGAGAAGUAUGUCCGAUAUUGAAAUUCUCAAAAUAGUCCUCUCCACUUUCCUCGGCUGCAACAUUCUGGUCUUAAAAGAUUUCACAUACAAGUCGUGCCAACACUUCUCCAGCGUUCUUAAACCUCCCAGUGAUACACGCAGUUAACGUUCAGCUCAACUGGUAAUGUCAUCGUAUACUCCGUUCAGGCCACCAAUUGCCCCACAGUCGUCACAUACUGCAGCAAGCUACCUCCCGGGCAAGCCGCACAAUGCUCCAAUAUUGCUGAAGGAUGAGUCUGUUGCUCAACACGGGGUUGAGCAACCAUCCCCAUCCCCUCCCAGACUCGGUCCCAUGAUGCGCCACCUCGCCAAGAUCGCGUGCCGCGUGGAUCUACGACAGCGAAUGAUGCCCUCCAAGAUAUAUCUUUUACUUCUGAGCCGAUUCAUGACCCUAACGACAACAAUAUCAUCGACGAUCGCAACCAACGUGGUUCGAACCCUCAGGCUCCUUUUCCGCUUGGAGAUCCUUCAGAACAUACACCAUCAAUUCCAUACGGAUAUGCGCCUGCAUACGGUACACCCUUCCAUGACCCUAGACUGCUUCCGGAACAUCCACCUCCACAACCUUUGCGCGAUCCUCGAACCCGUCGCGUGGUUGCUCCAGAACGAUCAAGGACUUUAGUUGCACCUCUCCCACCUUCUCCUCGUCGACAGCCA